CGUACUUUUUCAAUAAUAUUGUUGUUUAGAGAAUAAAAUUUUAUAAGUUGGAUCAGUCCAAAGAAUGGUGGGUGCAAGAAGCCAAAUAGGCAACCGACAUGUUCACAAAAUCCAAAAAGAUAGAAUGAUGGAACUCAUAAAAUCUGCAACUGCUUCUGCGGUGAAUCAAGGGCAUGGACAGAAGUCCUUAUAUGUACUAGACUUGGGGGCUCUUGAUAGGGCUAUGGAUAAAUGGGAACUUUGUUUAUCCCAAGUUAAGCCCUUCUAUGCUGUGAAGUGCAAUAGUGAUCCAGCUUUUCUUGCUGCCCUUGCCAUGUUGGGCGCCAAUUUCGACUGCGCUAGUCAAGGGGAGAUGUAGGCGGUUCUCCGACUCGGCAUCCGCCUAGAUCGUAUCAUUUACGCCAACCCCUGUAAGGCCGCUGCACAUAUUGAGUAUGCGGCGGCCAUUGGGGUAAACCUCGCCAUCUUUGACUCCAUGAUGGAGCUUGAGAAGAUGAAGAAGUGGCACCCCAAAUGCAACCUCUUGUUGAGGAUCAAGGCCCCGAAUGACGGCCAUGGCUCGCUCCGACCGCUCGAUAAAAAAUUCGGGGCCUUGCCGGAGGAAGUCGAGCUGCUACUCCAAUAUGCGGUUGUAGCUGGGUUCCGGGUCGUCGAAGUCUCGUUCCACGUUGGGUCUAUAGCACAAGACCCGAUCAUCUACCGCCACGCCAUUGCAGCCGCGAGGGCGGUGUUUGACAUGGCGGCUAAGCUCCAGAUGCCAGCCAUGCGCAUACUUAACAUCGAGGGGUGGUUUUAGGGCGGGAACACAACUAUUCGAACACAUUUCUAACACAAUAAACAGUGCAAUUCGAGAUUAUUUCCCUAAAGAUAUCCCAAUUGUCAUCGCCGAGCCAGGAAGAAACGGCGUUCACACUGGCGGCGCACGUGAUCGGGAUCCGGGCACGCGGCGAAAAGAGGGAGUACUGGAUCAACGACGGAAUCUACGGAUCGUUUAGGCCAACGCUAUACAACUCAUCGUUUGUGACAAUCAAGCCGGAGUUCUGCACGUCCGUCGACGAGCCAUCCAUGAUAUGGCCCUCCGUCAUUUACGGGCCGUCGUGCGAUUCUCUGGACGAAGUGACGGCGACGGAGAUAAAGUUGCCGGAGCUGCAGCUCCAUGAUUUGCUCGUGUUCACUAACAUGGGUGCCUAUUCCAGAUGCGCUGGCACAAAGUUCAAUGGGUUUGAUACCAUUUCUGUCCCUACCUAUAUUGCAUACACC